AUGGACAAAGCUAGCAAGGAAAAGCUAUUUCAGCUUCAAGAGAUAGAAGAACUGAGACGAGAAGCCUAUGACAAUUCCCGGAUGUACAAAGAAAAGUACAAGGCCAUCCACGACAGUAGUAUAUUGAGGAGAAGUUUCAAGCUUGGUGACAAAGUCCUUAAAUUCAAAGCCCGAUUCAAGUUUGGAGACAGGAAGUUGAAAGAAAGAUGGAAUGGACCUUACAUCAUAACAAAGGUCCUUGGCUAUGGAGCUUUUGAGCUCAAAGAUGAAAAGAACGGCACUACACAUCUAGCCAAUGGACACCUCCUCAAGCUUUUCUAUGGCAAGCCUGCAAAAACGUAA